CGCCGCCUUCUCUGCCCGCGCGGCGCCUUGGCCGUCCAGCCUGUGACUUCACCAGCGUGCCCCGGCCAGCGGGGCACCCGAGAGCGGGGGGCGCCGCCCGCGCCCCCAGCCGGCAGGUGCCGGGAGCCAGCCUCGCCUAGCCGCGGGGCGUCCGCAGGCCCGAAGGGGUUAAGGCCGCGGGCCCGGGCGCCCGUCCCGGCUCCGGGAGCGGCGGUGCCCGGCGGCCGGCGAUCUGGCGGGAGGCGCGGGGCACGGCCGCGGGCGGGCUGCGCUUCCUCCUCCGCCUCCCUCCGCCUCCUCCUUUGUAGCGAGUUCCCGGCCCCUCUUCCUCCCCCCGCCCCCCAGCCCGGGCCCUCUCCCUCUCUCCCUUUCUUCCUGCCUCGCCUUCCUGCGGCGAAGGAGGCUCAUCUAUUAUAAAUGCACAUUCGGGGCUGACAUCAGCGACGAGCGGCGGGCGAGCGCCGACGAGCGGUCCCAGCGCGCUGCCCGCCCGGAGCGCAGCCCCCAGGCUCGGCCGAGCCGCCGGCGGGGCGCGGGGAGCGCGCCGGGAGCUGCCUGACCCCUUUCCCGCCGCCGCCCCGGGCCGCCGCCGCCCCCGCACGCCGCGCUCGCGCCCCCGCUCCGCCGCGGAGUUUCUGCAUGACUGUCACAAAGAUGUCCUGGCGUCCACAAUACCGUAGCUCCAAGUUCCGGAACGUCUACGGGAAGGUGGCCAACCGGGAGCACUGCUUCGAUGGGAUCCCCAUCACCAAGAAUGUGCACGACAACCACUUCUGUGCCGUCAACGCCCGCUUCUUGGCCAUCGUCACCGAGAGUGCAGGGGGCGGCUCCUUUCUCGUCAUCCCCCUGGAGCAGACAGGCAGGAUUGAGCCCAACUACCCCAAGGUCUGCGGCCACCAGGGCAAUGUGCUGGACAUCAAAUGGAAUCCCUUCAUCGACAACAUCAUUGCCUCAUGCUCGGAGGACACGUCGGUGCGGAUCUGGGAGAUCCCUGAGGGUGGUCUGAAGCGGAACAUGACGGAGGCACUCCUAGAGCUGCAUGGGCACAGCCGGCGUGUGGGGCUGGUCGAGUGGCACCCCACCACCAACAACAUCCUAUUCAGCGCUGGCUAUGACUACAAGGUCCUCAUCUGGAACCUGGAUGUGGGCGAGCCAGUGAAGAUGAUCGACUGCCACACGGACGUGAUCCUCUGCAUAUCCUUCAACACGGACGGCAGCCUGCUCACCACCACGUGCAAGGACAAGAAGCUGCGUGUGAUCGAGCCCCGCUCUGGCCGCGUUCUGCAGGAGGCCAACUGCAAAAACCACAGAGUGAACCGGGUGGUGUUCCUGGGAAACAUGAAGCGGCUCCUCACGACAGGGGUCUCCAGGUGGAACACGAGACAGAUUGCCCUCUGGGACCAGGAAGACCUGUCCAUGCCCCUGAUCGAAGAGGAAAUUGAUGGACUCUCUGGCCUCCUGUUCCCCUUCUAUGAUGCUGACACUCACAUGCUCUACUUGGCUGGAAAGGGCGAUGGAAACAUCCGGUACUACGAGAUCAGCACUGAGAAGCCCUACCUGAGUUACCUCAUGGAGUUCCGCUCCCCAGCCCCGCAGAAAGGCCUAGGGGUCAUGCCCAAGCACGGGCUGGAUGUGUCAGCCUGCGAGGUGUUCCGCUUCUACAAGCUGGUGACUCUCAAGGGCCUGAUUGAGCCUAUCUCCAUGAUUGUGCCCCGGAGGUCAGAUUCCUACCAGGAAGACAUUUACCCCAUGACACCAGGCACGGAGCCAGCACUGACCCCGGAUGAAUGGCUGGGAGGCAUCAACCGAGAUCCCGUGCUGAUGUCUUUGAAAGAAGGCUACAAGAAGUCCUCAAAAAUGGUAUUUAAGGCUCCCAUCAAAGAAAAGAAGAGUGUUGUGGUCAACGGAAUAGAUUUAUUAGAAAAUGUCCCACCCCGGACAGAGAACGAGCUCCUUCGAAUGUUCUUCCGGCAGCAGGAUGAGAUUCGACGGUUGAAAGAGGAGCUGGCCCAGAAGGACAUCCGCAUUCGGCAGCUCCAGCUGGAACUGAAAAACUUGCGCAACAGCCCCAAGAACUGUUAGCUCCCCAGCUGGGCUGUUUUCUAAGCCGAUCUCUCCGUCGUUUCUACUCGUCCCUUAACUUCUCCCUUAUCCAGUGACCCCAGAGACAGAGCCAGGACGGGAGCGGGGGCCAGCCUGAGGACCCCCGCCUACCACCUCCAGAACUGGAAGCCAACCUCUGACCUCCUGACCUCAUGCUAAUAAAAGUCCCCAGCUUCUCCUGGAGACCCCCCACCGGCAGCGCCUUUCCCUGCCACCCCAGGAGCCAGGCUUCCCCUCAGCUGGGUGAAGACUACAGACUCCCUGGGGUUGGGGGGGGGCUCCAUCUCAGUGGACCAGGAAGCAAAGGGGGAAGCAGGAUACCAGCUAGACUGAGCACUUGGACUGUCGCCCUGCGAAGGAGGCUGCCAGGACAUCUCAGCACUCCCACCUGGAGCUCGCAGCUUCACCGAAGGUACCGCAGCGUAAGUGCUGGACUGCGGGCUGCAGGGAUCCCCCUUUGGUCCCACUCCCUCUUCCCUCAGCAGCCCCGGAAGCCUGCCUCACCCGACGAGGGCAGCGAGCCGCCCAGCUCCGUUCUGUCUCUUCCCCUCCCGCCCUCUUGUCUUCAGGGAAUUCAGAGGAUUGCUCUCCAAGGCCAUAAUAACCCCUUGCCUUCCCCAUGAUUCUCUUCCAAGCUCUUGCGCACCCUUUUCCCAUUCAAUUUGUGAGCCAGGCAGGGUAGGGAUUAGUGUCCCCGUCUGACAAAUGACAGAACUGAGGGUUGCAAUGGGGAAGUGACUUCUAAAGUCACCCAGCAGGUCAACAGUGGACCCACGGCCAGGACCCUGGGUGUCCAGACCCCAAGGCCAGGGCCUUUCCCGCUGCAUCAAGAUGCCAAUCCCAUGGUGGGCUUCACCAGUGCCCAGGUCUCUCUGGAGAAUGAGAACUGGAAGCCACUGCUACCGUCUACCCAGCACCAGUAGUGCCGAUGUGCCACACUGCCCGGUUGAGGACCCUCACGCUCUGUGCCCCUAGGUCCUUCAGGUUCCCACCCUCGGCUGUCACCACCACCCUCCCCAGGGCACUCCAUCUGAGAUGAAGCCUCGUCUUCCUGGCAGCUGAGGCUGAGAAGGGUAGAGCUUGGCCCUGGGGAAGGCAGACCAGGGUCUGAUGGCUUCUGGGGCUGCACUACGUGUCUCUCCGCACCGCUAUCUCAGCCACUUUCAGCCUUAUGCACGUAGAAUGACCACAGCCUCUCGCAUCCGUAUAGCACUUUAAAGUUUCUGCAGUCCUUUGACACAUACGAUCUCACUGAGCCUCACAUCUACACCCUUCUUCAGAUGAGGGGACCGAGAGGAGUGGCCCAAGGCCACACACCUCCGAGAUGCCACAUUUCAUUUGAUCUUGUACACAUUUUCUCUUCUUCCUUCUUUUUUCCUCCUUUCAUUUCCCACUGCCCACAAAGAGUUUGUAAACACUGUUCUCAGCAGAUUCUCAGUUUGGGGUGAGAUCUGGAAAUCAAGAAAUGGGUGUCCACUCUUCUCUUUCAUUAGCUAGGAUCUACUAGACGCAUUAUACUCCACACCUGCUUUUCCUGUGGCUGCCCUAUGGACUAUCCCAUCCACAGAGGCCAGGGCUACCCAAGCCCCUCCAGGUGAGCUGGGCCGCCCCUCUAAGAACCUCCUUCCCCCCAGCCAGCUACAGUAGGGCCUCCUCACCCCAUACCCCGCAGCUAGACAGUGUCAGCACUCAUCUCCUCCUCCCAACAUUUCUGGAGCUUUUUUUUUUUCUUCCCCAUUGACCUUUGUGGUCUUCUGUGAUUAUUUAUGCUGCCUCCCAAGAAUAGAAUUGAAAUAAAAUGUUUUCAACUUAUCAAA